CCGGCGCCACACGAGUGCGCGCUGCCACAACGCCCGGACGUAUUAAAAAAUUUCUGACAGUUCUUUUUAAUCUGUGGACGCUUUGUUUAAUCUGUGGCUAACGUGUUGCCCGGCUGUCAAAAAUGGAGGGCUGCGGGAUGAACUGCAUCAAAUAUCUUCUCGUUGUUUUCAACGGAUUGUUUUUAAUCUUCGGUAUCGUGAUAAUAGCAACAGCAUGCGUGGACCUGGGCAUGCUGCAGGGCUUCGCUGGCAUGGAGACGACGGGCCACGAGACCGACGCUGUCCUCAUCGCCAUCGGAGUUCUCAUUAUUAUCGUCGCUGCAUUUGGUUGCUUCGGAGCUUGGAAGGAAAGCCCUAAACUGCUCUACAUAUUCGCAGGGUUCCUUAUAAUCAUCAUCCUGCUGGAGCUGUCUGUGGGCAUCGCGGCGGCGGCGCUGCGGCCGCAGAUCGAAGGCACCAUGAAGACGCAACUUCGGGCUUCUUUCAUUAAGAACAAGUCUACUCGAGAGGAGGACUCCGUCUACAGGGAGUUCUGGGACCGUGUGCAGAGCAGCCUGGAAUGUUGCGGUGUGACGGGGCCUGAGAACUACGGUGCGUCCGAGCCCCGCUUGAAGCCAUCGUUCAGCUGCUGUCCGCCGGACAACUCGGACGAAGUGGACGAGAUCAAGCGCUCUGAUUGCCUCUCUAUGGAGAAGUACUACAAAGAGGGAUGCGAGGACAAAGUACUGAGCACCGUGCACAGCGCUGGACUGUCGGUUAUCGUCUGCGGCAUAUUAUUCUGCUUCUUAGAGAUCGCAGGUAUAGUAUUGGCUCUGUGGCUCGCACACUCUAUUAAGACGGAGGGCAAAGGUCGCGAGACUGCCUGAAGCAGUAACUUAGCUAUUCAUGACAAGCAUUUAAAGCACUAUAGAUAUAAGUGAUACUAAAAAAGCUGGUGUUUAAGCUUUAUUUAUUGUAAUUUAAGUU